AUGUCUCAACAGCAAUCAACUGCAAUCGCGAAUGACUUUUCCUAUUUAUUUUUUCGUAAUGGCGCAUCGUUCCAGAUAAACUAUCAAGACGAUGAAGAUCAUCCCUAUCGACAAGAAAACGAAUCUCAACCAGAGAAAUUACUCGAUAUAUGUUGCUCAAAAAUUGCACAAAGCGAAUAUUUAACAGAACGUGCAUGUCGUAUCAUUCCAAAAGACUUGUUUGAUCCGUUAUUUAGUGCAGCAUUGAAUUCGACACAUGACGAUUCAUGCAUCAACAUUCUCAUCGCACGAUGGCCACAUCGAGUGUUUCGUUUGGAAAAUUUCGUGAAGAAAAAACUAACUUCCUUGAAAAUGUUACUCUGUGAGAAAACUGCUUUACAACGAACGAAACAAGCUAUCAAAUACUCCGUGAUUAUUAUCCCUCGAUUUAUUGAUUCGAUUCGCCAACAGCAGAUGCAAUUCAACGAAAAACCUCUCUCAAAUAUACGUAUCCUUGACGUGACGAACUUUCCUGUAGUUGAAUUAAUCAUCCGAUACAUUUCUACGCAUUGCCGGUUGGCAGAAAAAGAAACCAAACGGAACCAGCUGAUCGAUAUUUACAAUCAACAGCACCAACACUUAUUGCCUGUUCUCCGAUCAGAAGACGACGAAAUUGAACAACAAGCAGUCACUACGAAUACAGCUCGUUCGACUGAAGAUCUUACGAAAUCGAGUUCGUAUCCGACCGAUCAGAUUAUAAUUCGAUUCGAUUGCAUCAUUCAAGACUAUCGAACUUAUGUUGAGCUCCUCUCAGCACUUCGUUCUUCGACUCCAAAUAUUCAACUACAAAUCUGUACAAUCGAUAUGCGAUGCAUCGGUUUAGCUCUCGUGAGCAGUUUCCUCGAUCACGUUGAUAAACGAUUUGUCCAUACACUCCGCGUGCCUUAUAAUGUAUUAACACGACAAAAUUUCAAGUACUUUCUUCCCCGUUUACCUAGUCUAACGCAAUUGCAUACUUUGGAUCUGUCUUGCAAUUUCAUCGACUUUCGUCUGAAUCACGACGAUUUAGAUCAAUUCUGUCACGUCUUGUCCCAACUAAAGUAUCUAAAGAACCUCUCGUUGAGUGGCUCGCCAUUAACUGACCGACUUGAACGGAUAUUAAGUUCCAUUGAACAAUCAUUGGAAAUUCUAAAUUUAGAUUUCUGUUCUCUUUGUGAAAAUGACCUGCUCAGUUUAAGUCAACUAAGUACUCGCCAUCAAUUUCUACAUAUGGAUCUAGGCACGAAUCGUUUAAACCGCUUCAUGCGUACACUACUAAUCGUCCUGAUGAAACAAACACGUCUUGUCGUCUUAGAUCUCGAUUACAAUCGAUUCUCAUCGAAUGACUAUCUCGAGCUCAUCGCUUGUUGUCAACGUUUGUCAACAUUGAAAUGUUUAAGCGUUCGCGGACCAAAUUCACUGACAACACAGUUAGCAGCUGCCACCUUUAUUGGCGAACACUAUCCAUGUUUACGUUCAUGGAAGAUCGCGUCACCCAUCGAAUACUCUCUCAAUCGUUUUGUGGGAAAUCACGAACAGAAUUAUUUAAUUGAAACAAUUAUGCCUUAUAAUAUGUUCGUUAAUGAAAUGAAUAAACGAGCGAAGUGUCUCGUUUCAAUCGCUGAACUUAGUGUGUGA